AUGACGGACUACGACGAGCGCGCGUCCAACAUGUAUCUGCCCAGCUGCACUUACUACGUCUCCACGCCCGAUUUCACGUCCGUCUCGUCCUUCCUACCGCAAAGCACCUCGUGCCAGGUGAAUUUCCCCUACUCCGCCAACAUCGGCCAACCUGUUCGGGAGGUCUCGUUCAGGGACUACGGACUUGAGCACCCCAGCAAAUGGCACUACCGGGGAAACUACGCGUCCUAUUACUCUUCGGAGGAGCUCAUGCAGCACCGGGAUUUGCUGCAGUCGUCCUUCAAGAGCGAGCCGCUGUACGGCGGCACACACGCAGGCGCCGGCUCGCCCUGCAACUUAUUUCCUGGCGUGGGACGCAACGGAGUCCUGCCGCAGGGCUUCGACCAGUUCUUCGACGGCUCCAACUCGGAGAAAGCCGCCGCCGAGACGGCGAGAAACAAGAAUGACGACGCCGAUACCAAGACGGACGAAGCCGGAAACGGCGACUCGGCAGCGGCGGCGACGACCGGCGCGGAUGACGACUCGUCGUCCAACUGCGGCGACAAGAGCACCUCGUCGACCAAAUCAAGGAAGAAAAGGUGUCCGUACUCCAAGUACCAGAUCCGCGAACUUGAACGCGAGUUCUUUUUCAACGUGUACAUCAACAAGGAGAAGCGCCUGCAACUGUCCAGGAUGCUCAACCUGUCCGACCGCCAGGUGAAGAUUUGGUUCCAGAAUAGAAGGAUGAAGGAGAAGAAGCUCAACCGCGACCGUCUACAGUACUUCACUGGCAACCCCCUCUUCUGA